UGUUGUCAACAUAACCAAAGAAAAGAAAAUCGCAUUCAAAAUAAAAGUGUUGUGUUUGCACUCAAUUUUUCCCGUGAAUUGUUUACCUUUCGAGGCGGAUUCAUUCAAUAUUCAAUAAAAAAUAACCUUUUUAAGUUGAUAAAUAAACCAUGAAUAAGGUUGCUGCAUUGAAAACACCGGUAAAUUUAGUGAGGCGAUGCAUAUCAACAUCGUCAGUGGUGGCAAACAAAAAGAAUUUCCGAAAAUUCUAUAUACCACCCGAAGUCCGUGGUGAUCGUGUAUUUCGUGAAAAACAAAAAUCAAACAAACCCGAUGAAAGAAUACCGCUUGAAACGUACGGUGCCCGUGCGACAACCAUUCUAGAUGAUUAUGGAAAUAAAGUCGAAGUGGCUGAAAUGAUUCCCGAAUUGAUUGUGCCCGAUUUGAAGGAUUUCCCAUUAAAGCCAUACGUUUCGUAUCGUACAGCCGAUUUUCAACAGUCUGAAUUUACGGCCGAAGAUUUAUUCAACGCAGUCUACUCGAAUAAAAUCGUUGAGGAUUGGAAUAAGAAGCAGCUGAACGAAGAUGGUACACCGAAAACACCGUCCGAAGAUGAGUUGUUGGAGGCAGAAGAAGCAUUUGUACGGGCAAGAAAGACCGGUUCAGAUAUUUUCGGCGAAAAACCCAGAUUUAGAGAUGAUUUUUACAAUUCGACUUACAAAGAAUCUGUCUAGAUAAAUAAAUAUUUGAAAUGUACACAGUUUGACAGUGGUUAUUUGUUGAGAACGGGUUUGAUUUGAAACUUUGAACCAAAUUGGAAUUAUUCAUAAUAAACAUAUUAGAAAAUUAAAAAGCAUUUCAAU